UAAUUUGCUUUAGUGCACAAAUUAGGAAAGAAAUGGCCAAAGUGAGCAGGCCACAAAGGAGACCUUAAAGAAUCAACUUUACUCUAAUGUCACACUGUCCCUAGGCCACCAAAAUGAUAAAUCACCUUUUCAGGUGAAUAUUAAUCAUGUCAUAUGAAGUGGUAAUCCGCAAUAUAAACUCUAAGCUCUUUAUCAGUUCCAGGAGAUACUCAGAAAAGCUCAAGGAAAAUGACAGGAGCUAGUUUUUCAUGUGGAGCAUGCAAGUUCCUGAGAAGAAGGUGUACAAAUGAAUGUGUUUUUACCCCUUACUUUUGUUACAGCCAAGGAGCUGAUCACUUUGCAGCCGUUCACAAGAUUUUUGGUGCAAGCAAUGCCUCCAAGCUAUUGAUGAAACUCCCACUGCAAGACAGAAGUGAAGCUGCUAUCAGUAUAUGCUAUGAAGCUUUGGCUCGAGUGCAGGAUCCUGUAUAUGGUUGUGUAGCUCAAAUCUUUGCUCUUGAGCAACAGGUAGCUGGUUUACAAGAGGAGAUAGAUCAGCUUUCGAAUUACAUGACUUAUGUUUCAUUUGGUCUGCCAAAUUGCAUGACUUAUGUAUCUUCUGAGAUUAAUGGUACGAGCAUCAGUGAUCAUCUCAACCAACAGACUCCGCCAUUGUUUGCUGCACCGCAAGCUUCAUCUCCAUCCUUGGCUAUUUUGGAUGGUCAGAAUUCUCAUUCUCACAGCCUUCUCGAUCAUCCACUCAUGGAAAGCUUUGAAUUUCAUGGUGAACUUAUUACUUAAGAGGCACUAGUUUAUUUGAUCAAUUUGUAAAUACCAGAAGUAUGUUAGGCUUAUCCUUCAGCGUAUGCAAAUAACUUGUAAAAUACCUUCGGUAAGCAUUAUUAUUAUUUUGAAAAUUGUGAUUACAAAAUACUUGUGGUUCAUAAGUUAUUAUUAUUUAUUAUCAGGAGAAAUUGUAAUAAAAUCUCUAAGUUUAUCAAAAUUUGGAUUU